UUCAAAACAUCUAUACUAUACCUAUAUUAAGUCUCUCUUCUGCAUUUCUGGAAAAUGUCUUUGAUCAAUCCACAGUCUAAACCCAAAUACGACGGCAAUGAAGAGGAAUCUGUUGUGUCACCCUCUCCCAAUUCUCACGAUGUGACUACUAGAACUCUUCCUAGAGAACCCAAUGCGGCUGCUAAGUCAAACUCAGAAGAAGUAAAUAUGACUCAGGCAGAAAAGAGAUCAGAGGCAAUUAACGCAAUCUUGAAUGGAGGCGAAUAUGAAUACGAGCGUAUAUUGGGUGUCAGUAGCACCGAAGGAGAAAACGUAAAAGCACGGGUUUGGAAACAGAAGAUCUCACUCGUACACCCAGAUCUAAACAAUAAUUCAUACAAAGCAGGACAAGCAACAGCAUGGCUUAACCGUGCAUUCAGAGUCCUAGGUAAUUUGUCAGAAGAACGGUUUCAGGAAGGCCUAGACGAUAUUAGUGCCCAAUGGCAUAAUAGUGCUUUUGAUGAUGAUAAUGAUGAUGUUGAAGAAGAUCCGGGGGAUGAUGAUCCUGAGUGUGAUUCUAAAACAAGCACAGAUAGGGCAACCCCAGUUCAAAAGAAAGCCCCGAGUGAGAUAGAGCAAAUCUACGCCAAAGCUACAUCUGAUGUUCUAAGAUUGUUGCAAUUUAACGAUCUAAGCGCACUUGAGGGGGUCUCUGAAGCCGAGGAACAAAUUUCGAAAUACUACGAUACCCUUGGAUCUGGACAAGGUUCAAGGGAUUUCUCGCUUGUUCCAUCAAUUCUUCAGGUCACGGCUCAGGGUUACGCAGAAAUCAAAGCUUCUCUUGGUAAGAAAAAUACACCCGAGAUAUUCGAGCGAUACCAAAAGUACCAGGACACCCUCGAGUGCCACGCCAGACAGUUUGGUUGGCCAUCGACAUGGCGACUGCCACAGCUCGAAAGCCAAGAGCUGGAGUUGGAAGCUUUCUAUAAGCAAGCAACAAAGUAUAUUUACGUGCUCAAGGAGAACACACAUGAUGAGAACAGCAUCCGAGGCUUAGAAGUCCUGAAUGACCAGAUCGAAGAUUAUGCAGAGCAAAACGAUCUUAUGGAUUAUCCGACUAUUAAUUUUCCUAAGUUAUGCCAUUAUUAUGGGGAAUUGAAGCAGUAUUUCCAAAAGCUGAGUCCUUCAAACGACGCAAAAGCUAGGAUUGAAGCCCUGCGUAAAGCAGAAACAAUCAGAGAUGAACUGGAACGAUAUUGUGUUUCCAGAGGUUACCCUCGAGAUUGGAUACUGGAGAUUCCUGACAGUCUUACUAAGUCAUCUCCUCUGGAGAAUAAGCUGGCAGGUUUGUACAAGGUAAGGACAAGAGAGGGAUACCCUAUAAUCGGCUACCGGACCUGGGGUAGUGGCCGGAAGUCAUAUUUAUUUGCUGUACUUCCAAAUGACGACACUCCUAUCGGUGUAUUACUGCCUGGAAGAAUUAUCGGCAAAGACACUAGAGAGAGUUUUGAAAAGUUGGAACAAAAAGUUGAAUUUCAUCCAAGGGGCACAAAAGACUCUAACAAUGGACGGGACUACAAAGUGAAAGCAGCCUUUGUUCAUAUAAGGAAGAACGAUUCUGAGAGAGCCCCAGAGACAUGGGUGUUAUUGUUUUGCACCAAAACAGAGAACUUUUCUUUCAUGACUUUGAGUGCUUGGCACAGCUUCCGUUCAGGCGUUGACGCAUACUAUGAUGUUCUCAAGCUUUAUCAGGAAAACGAUUUAUCAGCACCAGACCACAUUACAAAGAGGCUCCCUAAUCAAUUAACCCUUCCUAUUACAAAGUCACCACAGCCUGUGCAGUCUUCUCAUGUGAAGCCAAACACAACAAGUCGAUUUUCUCUACCAACAGCUGCCGAAGCUGCACGGAAUAGAGACCCUGAAUCAGCUGAACUGGACAGAAUUAUGGAUGUGCUACGAAAUGGAAAUAAGGAGGAGCCAAAUACCAAGCUCACUCUUGAAGAGCGCACUAAGAGAAUCAAGGAAUUGGAAAUGGAGCUCCAAUCCCUUCGAGUGGGGCAGUGAGCUAGGGGCUGUAUGAUUCAACGGCGUAUAGCUUCCUCCGAAGCCCUAUAGUAUUAUCUUUUUGACUUACCCUUGUGUUUUUGUGUUUGAGAGAUAAGGUUUCAACGUUUUGUUAAUCAUAUUUGAUCAGAUCUAUUACUCGUAUAUUAAAACU